GAUCUCCAGGAGAAGAUGAGGGAGCUGCUGCCUCUUCUGCCGGUGCUGGAGCAAUACAAAUCCGACUCCAGGCUCAUCGUCCACCUCAAGGACGAGGUCCGGAAUCUUUCCGGAAUUCUCCUGGCGAUCCAGGAGGAAAUGGGAGCCUACGACUACGAGGAGCUGCAGCAGAGAGUUCUGCUGCUGGAGGCGAGGCUCCACGCCUGCCUGCAGAAACUGGGCUGUGGGAAGCUGACAGGGGUCAGCAAUCCCAUCACCAUCCGAGCCUCGGGAUCGCGUUUCGGCUCCUGGAUGACCGACACCAUGACCCCCAGCGCCGACAGCCGGGUCUGGUACAUGGACGGCUACUACAAAGGCCGCCGCGUCCUGGAAUUCCGCUCCCUCUCCGACUUCAUCUCCGGCCAAAACUUCCUCCAGCACCUCCUCCCUCACCCCUGGGCCGGCACCGGCCACGUCGUCUUCAACGGCUCCUUGUACUACAACAAAUUCCAGAGCAACCUCGUGAUCCGCUACCACUUCGGGUCCCGGAGCGUCCUGGUGCAGCGCAGCCUCUCCGGCGCCGGCUUCAACAACACCUUCCCGUAUUCCUGGGGGGGAUUCUCCGACAUGGAUUUCAUGGUGGAUGAGAACGGACUCUGGGUGGUUUACACCACCAGCCAGAACGCCGGGAACAUCGUCCUGAGCCGCCUGGAUCCGCAUUCCCUGGAGGUUUUACGGACUUGGGAUACGGCGUAUCCCAAGCGCAGCGCCGGGGAAUCCUUCAUGAUCUGCGGGAUUCUUUACGUCACCAACUCCCACCUGGCGGGAGCCAAGAUUUACUUCGCUUAUCACACGAACACUUCCAGCUACGAGUACACCGAUAUCCCAUUCCAUAAUCAAUAUUCCCACAUUUCCAUGCUGGACUACAACCCUCGGGAAAGGGUUCUGUACACCUGGAAUAACGGCCACCAGGUCAUCUACAACGUCACGCUCUUCCACGUCAUCAACACCGCCGGAGAGCUCUGA